CGCCGCCGCGACGGCGCUGCUAGCUAGUCUUUGGUGUUGCAGGUGUUCGAUUCCUGAUUCCAAAUUCCAGACUCCAAACUCGGUUCUUCAAUCGACAGAUUCCGAUUUACAUCCCAAAGCUCUUCGGAUUGAAAUCCAGCCGCGACCCAAGAGAUAAGAGUAUUUGGGAUUAGUAGAUAGGGAGGGUAGAUAGGAUAGUAGAAUAGAAGAGGAGCACUUUCGCUGAUGAUUACGGCGGAGGAGAAGAGCCCCGAAAGGGAGGAGGAGGAGGAGGAGGCGAACCCGCGCGCGGAGGCUUUUCUGGAGAUCAUCUGCCGCGUCCCGGCGGGGGAGGUGGAGGCGGCGCUGUCCGCUUGCGGCAUCGGCCCCACGGCCGAGGUCGAGGAACUGGUGCUCAAGUCCCGCGAAUGCUACAAGCGCCCUAAGUCCGCCGUCCGCUUCUUCCGCUGGGCGGGGCAGUCCGUGUCGCACACCGCCUACGCAUGGAACCUCCUUGUCGACAUCCUCGGCAAGGCCGCCAUGUUCGAGCCCAUGUGGGACGCCAUCCGCUCCAUGAAGCAGGAGGGCGGCGGCGGGCUCGUCUCCGUCGCCACCUUCGCCUCCGUCUUCGCCUCCUACUGCGCCGCUGGCAACAUCAAAGAUGCAAUCGCGGCCUUAGACGUCAUGGACCGCUACGGCCUCAAGCACGACGCCGUCGCGCUCAACUCGCUGCUCUCGGCGAUUUGCCGCGUCGAGGGUCGCGCGCAGGAUGCGCAGGACGUCUUCGAGCGUACCAAGGCAACCAUCCCACCCGACGGCGACACGUUCGCGAUACUGCUCGAGGCAUGGGAGAAGGAGGGGAACGCGGUGCGCGCCAAGAGCGUCUUUGGCGAGAUGGUCGUCCGCAUCGGCUGGGACGCAGCCAACGUAUCCGCGUACGACUCCUUCCUCUCCACUCUCGUUCGGGGCGGCCUGUUGGACGAGGCCUUCAAAUUUCUGCAGGUGAUGCGGAGCAAGGGCUGCUUGCCGGGGAUCAAUUUUUUUUCUACAGCUGUGGAUCUGGUCGUCCGCAAGGGUGACUACCUCAACGCCGUAGCCAUCUGGCACAUGAUGGUCUCUGAAGCCGGCCUCGUUCCCAAUUUCUCAAUGUACAGCGCCAUGAUUGGCCUCCACUGCAAUGCUGGUAGCAUAGACGAUGCUCUUGGGUUGCUUGAUGAAAUGCCCCUCAACGGCGUCUUUGCAAAUUCUGUCACAUACAACACCAUACUGGAAGGAUUCAUCAAGCAUCGCAAGGCUCGUGAGGCUGAAAGUUUCCUAACGGAGAUGAGCAAGAAUGAGCAACUGCCUACUGCAUCCAAUUGCGCUGCUGCUAUCAGCUUGUUCUUUAAGGAGUUUAACCCAUCUGCAGCAAUCGACGUGUGGCGCUGUAUUGUGGAGCACAACAUUACCCCAGCUGAGGACUCUGCCAAAGAGCUAAUAGCAGGGCUGCUUGAAUUUGGCAGGUUUACUGAGGUGACGAAGCGUGCUGAUGAGAUGAUUGACAUGAGAGUUGAGUUGUCACGGUCCACAAUGGAGAAUAUGAAGCGUGGUUUUGCUAAGGCUGGCAGGCACCAAUCAUAUGACAACAUUGCAAGAAGGCUAAAGCGAUAUUAGCUGCACAUGAAUGCUUUAAUCAGCUGAAACUUUGCGGCUCACGGGGUAGAAGUUUAACGCCUGGACUGCUGAAUUGCAUGACAACCAAGAAUUUGGACUAGCCUGGAUCCUGGAAUGUAAGUCUGGAAGUCUGGAACUGUACUCUGAUCCCACAAGCAGUGGUCGGGAUGUUAGUGUAGCUCUUGUAGAUUCCGGACCCCAUUUGUUAGCUGGUUACUCAUCGAGUGUAAUAAGUGGCUAGUUUAGUGAGACUGCACAUUAUCGCUGUUUAUUUUUCAGAUAUAUUUUAUGAAUAUGAAAUUGGGUUAUGUAAGUAUCAGAUAUUCCUGGCUGUCAGCAGCGUCAGGCGCCUCUGCUGAUCCUUUGACCAUAUUGUUUUUCGUGGAA